GCGGCGGCCGGAAGUGGCGGCGGCGCUGUUGCUUGGAGAAGCGGGGGGCGUGUAACCGCCUGAGAGCGCGAGCGGGUGGACGGUCUGUGGGAACCAUUGGCUGAUACACACAGCUCUGAGGUGCCGAGUCCUCUGGCUGCUCCCUGACAUCUCUCUCCUCCUGUCAUCUGUGAAGUACAAGCCGCAGAGCCGUGGCCGAGAUGUCUGAGGGACCUUCCAGGAUCUCGGGACCCAUCCCUCCCGACCCUACGCUGUUCCCAGACUAUUACAAACGCCCCCUAUCAGCUCGAGGGAGGCUGGAAGGGAAUGCCUUGAAGCUGGACUUCCUCUCGGGCCCUCUAGCCCCAGAUCCCAGCCUGUACCCCACCUGCUACAGUGCCCGCCCUGCCCAUCCUGCCCCGCGUAUCCGCCCCAACGGUCAGGCCAUCCUGGAGAAGGGGCAGAAGGGGACGGUCGGGGUCUUGCUGAAGUUGGAGGGGAUCUCUCUCUACAGGGAGCCGCCCCUGAAAAGGAAAGAGGCCAAGGACCACGAGAAGGAGAAUGUGAGGCGGAUGAGGGAGAUCCAGAGGAAAUGCAAGGAGAAGGAGCUGGUGCGGGAGCACAGCCAGCCCAAACCCAUGAAGGCCUUGUGGAAAUCCCAGAAGUAUGAGAAUGUGGAGUCCAAGGUGAAGGCCAAGUUGCAGGAGAGCUCUCCCCCGCCCAACCCGGAGUCUCAGAAAUUCCUCCGGGCAUAUUCCCGCUGCGGCUCUGGGGUCCAGCCACGCCGUUCGCUGUCGCCCAGCCCUGCCAAAACGAGAGUGGUGACCGACACCGAGGCUGCAGGAGCACAGCGCACUGAUGCCAAGAUCCAGGUAGAAGGCACCAGCAUCGACUUCGUAAGCCACAACGCCCGCACCGCCAAACGGGCCCCCAUGCGGCGCUCGCGCUCGCUGCAGUCGCUGGCCGAGGCGCUGGAGCAGAAGCACCGGGAGCAGGAGGAGUACAACGCCAAGCAGAAGGGCCACGUGCCUCAGUACCUGCUGGAGCGGAAGGAUCACUGGCGCAGGGAGAUGGAGGAACGGCAGCGGAACCUGCCCGACCCUGACAUGCCACCGGGUCACACCAUGAUGCCAGAGAGCGAGCGGCUGGCAACCCUGAACAACCUGCAGCAGAGCCAGGAGCAGCUGGUAAAGGACCUUGUGAUGCUGCCGGUGCGGGCCGACACCCUGAGUAUUCAGAAGAGGCGGGCGGAGCUGGAGAAGAAGCUGUCGCAGAUCGAUGAGGCCCUCAAAAUCUUCUCCCGGCCCAAGGUCUUCAUCAAGCUGGACUCCUGAGAGGGGGGGUG